GAAAAAACCUAAAAAAUUUGUUCAGUUUUCUUCCUAUAUGUGAAACUCACAAAAGUGCCAACAUUUCAUACAUUUUGAGUGUCACAGCCUGCAGGACUCAAGAUGCCAAGAUGGGCCAGGGCAAUUGCCCCAAAUUGAAACACCCUCAGGCCUCACUGUCACUGGAUCUGCCAGUGUUAACUCACCUAUUUGGCUUCAGGCUUCCUGGGUGGAGACUUGCUGAGGGAGCCAGGUCUGUGAAAUAGCUGUUUGAGCGCAGUGCCCCGCGUCUGGCGGCAGCCCACCUCCUGCUGUAUGGAACUGGUCGGCCCGCUCGGCUACUACCUGCUGGUGCUGCCGCUCACGGUGCCCAUGCUGAUCGCGUUCGCGUACUCGGCCUGGAUCGGAUGGCGUCUGUUCAUCAACAACUGAACGGCGGCGGCAGUGCGCGCGAUGGCCUCAGCACGGCCGAGGCGCUGCGCCGACUGCGGGACGACAUGGUGUCGGCGCUGGAGGAGCGGCGGCGCGGCCAGCGUCGCGGCUGGCUGGCCACCGCCGCCCUCCAGCGGCGCGUCUGGUUCUCCUGGCCGGUGCUGGUGCUCUCGGCGCUGGUCGCCGUCGCGCUGGUGACCAGCGCCGCGCUGGCCGAGGACGGCGGUGCUAGCGAGGCGGUGGCCGCCGCGCUGGUGCUGGCGCUCGCCGCCGCCAACGCCGCCCUGUCCGUGUGGCAGCGCGCGCUGGCCGACGGCGAGCUGGCGGCCAAGGCCGGCCGGCUGGCGGAGCGGCUGGGCCGCGCGGCGGAGGCCGCGGCAGAGUCGGGCGGCUGGACGGAGGCCGAGUACCCGCACCUGCACGCGCCGCCGUCUCCCUGUAUCGGCCUGCAGUGGACGUACCGCGACGGCCGGCUGGUGAACCUGCCGGCCUCGCUGCUGACCCGCGGCGACCUGGUGGUGCUGCGACCCGGCGAGGCCGCGCUGGCAGACGUCGAGUCGGUCUCUGACGAGCCGCCGCUGCGCCUGCUCCGUCUGGAGCAGUACGUCCCCGGCGCCGGACAGCGCAGUGACGAGAAGCUGACGCACCCGCGCCUGGUGUCGGCGCUGCCCAACCGCCGGUUCCGCGUGCUCUCCUCACCGUACCUGGAGUCGCUGCAGCUGGCGCUGUCGGCCGAGGAGCGGCCGGCGCCGCCGCCGCGCCGCGAACUGGAGCGUCUGCUGGCGGCCGUCCUGAUGGCGGCGCUGCCGACCGCGCUGGUCUCCGCUGUGCUGGUGGCGGUGCCGCUGCAGCUCUGGCUGCUGCCCGAGACGGUGGUCGGCCUGUCGGCGCACAUCCGGCUGCUGCUGCAGCGCAUCUGCGGCUGUCUGCUGCCGGUGCUGCCACUGCCGUGCAGUCUGGUGCUGGUACCGGCCGCCUGGCUGGCUCAGGCGCGUCUGGUGGCUCUGGCGCGCGAGAUGCGACAGCCACGACCCGACGACCGCCGCCAGCUGGACGUUCUGGACGAGACGAGCGUGCACGAGCACGUGGCGGCGCACUGGCGGCACGUGUGGCCCGUGCUGCGCGACACGGCGAGCGGUCGGUGCGACAGCCUGCCGCACACGGCCAGUCUGCUGUACACGCUGGGAGCUCUCACCUCGCUCUGCUGUGUCGACAAGAAAGGCGUGCUGAGCUGGCCGAACCCGACCGCUGAGAAGGUGGUAACGGUGCGUCUGAAGAGCGGGGGCGGCGACGAGCCGGCGGCUGCCUCGGACGGUGCCAGCGAUGUCUCGGACGCCGACAUCGACCCGGUGGUGUCGGACGCCGCUCUGGACGUGCUCGAUCUCACCCGCGACAACCCGGCCGAGCCGUGGUCGAUCCAGUUCGACGACCCGCACUGGCGCGACUCGCUGUCGCGCCUGAAGCCGAUCGGUCUGGCCGUGCUGGUCAACACCUGCAGUGACCAGACGCUGGCCGACUACUGGCGCUUCUGUCGGCAUAUGGUGUGUCUGGCGCACGGCGAGGCCGACCUGGUGCCGGUGCCGGCGCGGCGCUGUCUCUGCCAGCUGGCCCGGCAGAUCGGGUUCAGUAAGCGGGCCGCCGACGCCUUCCAGCUCGAGUCGCAGAUGGCCUGCUACAAGCACCUGAAGCUGGACCCGGUGCGACGCAACAAGCUGACACGCGCCUUCAGCUUCAGCAAGAUCCGCUUCCCGUACCCGCACAUGAACUCUGUGAUUCUGCGAGAGCUCUAUACUAACUCGCUGCAGCUGGUAAGCCAGGGAACUGCCGACCUGGUGCUCGACUCGUGCUCCGACUUCUGGGACGGCACCGACGUCAUUCCUCUCUCAGAGGCGGACCGGCGCCGCAUCCUCGACUUCUACCACCGACACUCGGUCACCAUGUAUUGCUCAGCGUUCGCCUACCGACCGCUCACCUCCCGUGUGGCCGUGGAGCUCAGCGAGCGCUACCUGGAGUUACCCGAGCAGUCGGGUCACAUCUACCGGGCGGCGCGCUCGCCGCUGCCCGGCCACGGCCUGUCACUGGACACGUGGCCUGACAAGCCGGUCCAUCCUCAGUACAUGUCCACCGAUUCACUCUACGGCUCUGAAGUGGUGGACGUGGACUCCACAGAGGGCCUGAUUCAGGUGCAGUGUAACCAGAUCUUCACCGGCAUGGUGACGAUGCAGUACCAAGCGCUAGCCGACAUGGUGCGACUCAUUGACCACCUGGAGAAGGCCUGCAUCCGCUUCGUCCACUUCAGCAAGGAGAACGAGUUACGAUCGCGCGUCUUCAGCGAGAAGAUGGGCCUGGAGUCGGGCUGGAACUGCCACAUCUCCCUGCUGGACGACGGCUCACACCACGGCUCGUGUGCGCCCACCGGGGACAUGGUUCAGCACCCCUCCGUCCGGCGCCUGGCCUCCAACGAUAGCGCCGACUCGCGCGCCGCCGCUGGCCGCACACUGGAGCGGCUGCGACCGCUGAGUGUGUCGGCGCCCUCCGUCAUAAACUUGGACGUGGACCAGUCAGCCGAUAGUGAGGAGGAGGAGUGCUGCCCGGCCGGCGGCGGCGCGGGCGACGGGUUGGAUCAGGCGGACGGCCGUAUCCGCGUGCAGAGCGAGUGCGUGUGCCCGGCCACGGAGCCGGGGGGAUCGGUGGGCUCGGUCGAACUGCUGGAGGAGCCCGUGUCGCCGGCCGCCUCCCGCUCGGCCAGUCGGAUCACCGACAGCAGCGAUCAGUCGGACCCGGUCAACUUUGACAUGAGUAACCGCGCCAAGCUGCCGAAGGGGAUCGCGCAGAUCCGGCCGCACCUGGAGCACGUGGACAACGUGCCGCUGCAGGUGUCUCUGUUCACUGACUGCACGCCGGCCACCACGCGCGCCAUGCUCCAGAUAAUGCAGGAGUACGGAGAGGUGGUGUGUGUGCUCGGCUCCUCGGGCAGUCCGCAGAACGCCGGCGUCUUCCUGCAGGCGGACGCCGCGCUGGCGGUCCGUCCGCUGCACCCGCAGCUCUGCUCCAUGAUGCCGGAGCCGGGCUGUCCCUCUGGUGACCCCCACACCGCCACCGGAGCCGACACCACCGCCGCCGGCGGCGGGCAGGGUGACGGCGCCGACGGCGAGGCCGGCCGCCAGCCGCUGCUGCCGCCGUCCCUGUCCACCGACGGCCCGGUGGCGCUGGCCGAGCGGCUCGACUCGCUGCCCUGCGCGCUGACGCUGCGCCGCGAUGACGCCGUCUCGCUGACGCAGCUGGUGCUGGAGGCGCGGCACCUGGUGCAGCGGCUGCGCACGGCCGUGACUUUCUGGGCGUGCCAGGCCAUCACCCUGGCGGCGCUGGCAGUUCUGAGCUCGGUGCUGCUGCUGCCGCCGCCGCUGCCGGCCGGACACCUGCUCUGGAUCACCUGUGUGCAGCUGCCGGUGCUGUCUGGCGCACUGCUGGCCGCGCCCGUGGACAGACGGAUCAUGGACGAGGCCCAGGACCGGUGUCAGUCGGCCGUCACCUGGCCGCAUCUGGUCUACGCCGGCUGGUGCUACGGCCUGCGCCUGCUGCCCUCGCUGCUGGCCGCGCUCGCCUUCUUCGGCCUCAGUCUGCACUCGGUGUGCCCGUCCGAGUCGUGUCACUACGUGUACCCGCCGACCGAGCUGCGGCCCAUCCAGGACGCCCUCCUCGUGCUGAUCGUGCUGUACGCCUGCGUCAGCUCGGCCGGCUUCGUGCACCGGCGCGCGCAGCUAUGGCAGCGGUGGCCGUGCGCGAGCGUAUCCUGGAGCGUGGCGGUGGCUAUCUCCCUGUUCCUGGCAGUGGUGUUUGUGCUGCUCGACUGUGCCGUGUACGGCCAGCAGCUGGCCUGGCCGGUGGCGGCGGCGCCGUGGCUGGCGGCGGCGGCACUGGCCGGCCCGCUGCUGCAGCUGCUGGUCACGGAGCUGGUGAAGCGGCAGGAGUUCAAGUACAACAUUCGCUACCAGAAGCGGGCGAGACUCGAGUUCGACACCAAGCUCGGCAUGAACUCGCCCUUCUGAGGCGGCGGCGUACGAAGACAGGCAGCGAUGUCGUGGCGCCGUGUCCAGGCGACGGGUGGGCCAUGUGCGUUUUACGAGCCGGCGUUCCUUGAGGCUACUUUUGCUGUGGAAAACGUGCGUGUUUUGGAAGCCACUGUGGUGCAGAAUUGCGGGUUGUUGAUUGUGUUCAUUGUUCACUGAUCGGAGAGAAUUACCUGUUGUCGACAAUGGCGGCAGACGGCGGAGAAGGAAUACUCAGGUUGUCGUUAAGUAGGCGCCACUGUGACUACCAGCGCGCGGGCUAGCCGAGGUCAUGUUAGAUGACUCGGUAGGUACGCAUCUUCCAAUAAACGUGCAUGUCCUGUUGACCGCCACUUUUAGAAGCUUCUCACUGCUUAUGCUAUUGUAGCUAAUUUUCUUCUCUUAGAGCCAGACGCGUGAGCUUAUGUUUUAGUCGCUUUGGCAUUUCAUGGUGGUUAGUAUAUGCUUUGUGUCCUUUUUUCCUCAAGCUGGUUAGAUGCCGCACUAUUUCCGUAUGUGGAACGCUCCCUGUUGUCGCGACGCCUCAGUGUUAGCUGGUGUCUCCCACUGACCGUCCCUAUACUAUGCUGUCUAGAGUUAUAGUGGGCGUGUGCAAUUAUUUGGAUGGGCUGUUUUGAUGUGCUCAAGUAUUGUACUGAAAUGUGAUAAAUGUGUGAAGACAUCCGCACUAUUUUCGUAAGGUAGGUGCUCCAAUAUAUGUUUAGAACGGA